AUGCCUGGGAGUGGAAGGGCCGAUGUCAGUCCCUCUCAGUUUGAUAUGCAGUGGAGAACUCGGGUGGGUUGCGAGGAGUUCUGGGCGACUUUUCCAGUCCUGUCCCCUCGACCAGAAAUCCACACUGAAGGCUUGAUCCCGAUUCGAAUGGGAACCUCUCAAAUGCGCGAGCUUUUUGAAAGUGCAAAAUCAGGAAGGCAAAGUGCUGGCUUGGGAGGUGAUCCAUCUGCAUCCAGGAGAACCUCUAGCAGCAUCCAUGGCUUAGAGGUUGCAGCCUGCUUGUGCUUUUGGUUGAAAACAUUUGAAUAG